AUACCAACAUCUACAGCCGAAGUCUGUUAUCAGUCUUGAUCUGAAUGUUUACUGAAGGGAAGGGUUUGUACUUGUUCAGCUAAGUCAAGGAUGACAAGAAGACUUUUCCAUGUACACCAGGACAACAUAUAUCGAACUGCCUCUUAUCUAAGUGCUUGGAUUUUACUACAAGUCAGCUGAAGAAAUUUAGGAAUUUUCCGAUCAUCAAGACAGAAUGGAAGUAAAGGUGUAUGUCGAAGGAGUCCAGCGCAUAGUUUGUGGAGUCACUGACAAAACAACAUGUCAGGAGGUGGUCAUCGCUUUAGCACAGGCACUUGGUCGCACUGGUCGAUACACUCUGAGAGAAAAAUUCAAAGAAUAUGAACGUAAUGUGACUCCAGAUGAGCGUCUCUUGGAGUCCUUGGAGAAAUAUGGUGAGCAAGCUAAGGAGGUGCAGCUCACUUUGAAGCAUAUCGGUCCAUCCCUCGGGGAAGAAACAAACCAGCCCAAAGCCCAAAUGAGGCGAACGGAGGGGAUAGGGAGAGCACGGAGAGCCAGCGGGGCAAUCGCCCUACACCGCCAGAGCCUCCCACCGCUGUCACGCCUCUGCCUCCACUCCGAGCCACCGCCCGAGGAACCAAAGAGACCCAAGCGGAAGUCGCUAACGCUAAUGGAGGAAGCAUGGGGUUGGCUGGAAAACUUGGGCAGAGGCGGGAAGCAGCAAUCAGGACAAGAUAAGGGGAAAGACAAGGAGGGCAAUAAAGGAAAUGGGCACUCAGAUAACACAGCCAAAAGUUCCCUGGACUCUGGGACGCCGCAGGCAAGAGACAAAAAAGACAAAAAUAGAGUCACACCACAUCAGCCUUUGAUCAGUUGCCUUGGGAACCGUGGGAGAUGCACUGAUGAGAGUGCUGUAUGUGAGAGACGAGAGGAAGAGGAACAGAAAGGCUCAGAGGAGGACCUGAAAACCCACAAUCCAGUGGUCCAUCAAGUGACCAAGAGUGAGGAGAUUGUAGAGUUAAGAAGACUAGCUGUCCAACAGCAGGCAAGUCUGCAAGAACUAAAGCACAAAAUUGAGUCAACAGACCAAAUGAUCCUUGAGCUUGAGCAGCAGCAAGCUGCCAGGGAGUUUUCCGAGUCACUGCCGGAAGAAGAGGAGCAGCUCAAGUUCUGGCUCAAUGAGCUCAAGGCGGAGGAAGUCUUUGAGAGAGACCUUCAGAGGCAAUUCCUUCAGAUAAAAGAAGAAGCUACUGAGUGCAAGGCUAAGCUGGAAGAGUACAAACAGAAACUGCAAGUGAUGGACUUGAGAAACUCCCAGCAGCAAACAGGUCAUGAAGACGUCACAGGAGAGAAUAUCCAAGCAGAUGAGACAAAACCUGCCCAAACAAGUGUCAAAAAAAUGCAGAUCUCAGCAGACGGAUCAUGUGGAGAUGGUGGAUCAAAAAGGGUGGUGACAACGCUCGAGUCCAAACUCCCAUAUGUGCUUGUUUCAGCAAACCAGAUAUCAAAUCCUCCUCUAAGUGGACCAGAAGACCUGAGGGAAUGGUGGAUGCGAUGGUCUCAGAGCCAGAAUUCAACAUCAGUGACAAAACAUAAGAUGGUUCACCGCUCUGAAAUCACCAUACAGUUGGGAAGCACCAGAGUUUAAACACUAUGAAACUUCUAAACCCCCUUUCUUCUAGGUUUCAUGGAUACCUCAUUUAAAAUUGUGCAAAGGCAUCAAAAUUAUGUUUAAAGGUUCUGUACAGUGCUUUGCUCAUAAAAAAUUAAACAUAAUACACCUUUGAUUCUCAUAAAAUGUUUAUUUCAAUUGUUUCAUUCAAGACCAUUAACAAAAGCAUAUAGUAGAACCUUAGGGUUCAACACAAACCCAGGGUGCUCCAGAGAAUAUUCAUGAGAGUAAUUGCUCCAUUUGUCAUAAGAAGCACUGCAAAUAGCCUCUAUCCACGUAAUCAAAUUUCUUUGCACGUUUUUAAAUUUUACUCAUUACACUUCCCCCAUUUCUCAUGUCCUGCAUACAUUUGCUCGUUUUAUUCAGGUUUUCAAAAGGUCCACCCAAGUAAAAGCACACAUUACAUAGAGUAUAUUUCAACCCACAAGUAUGGGGGGGGGGAAGAGAGAGAUGCACACCAGUAUU